AUGGCGCUCAACACGGUCCCAGAAGAGAUCCUAGCCCUAAUCCUUCAAAACUGCUCCUCCUUCUCCGAACUCCACGCCCUGAUCCUCACAUCAAAGACCCUCUACACCGUUUGGCGAAACAACCAACGGACAAUUCUCUGGCACGUCGGCCAGUCGGCCAUACCCGGAUUCAGCGACGCCCUUAUCGCGGUUCGCGCAACAGACCUAGCUAAAGCGUCCGUCCUCCGCGGCGAGCUCCCACCAACGCCCUUCCCAAUCAAAACGCUAAGCGGCGACGACGUAAAGCCGACCCUAUCUGAAACACAACGGGUUCUGUCCUUUGCCUGCAUAGCCAGGUACCUCGAAACGCGCACGCGCAGUGCCAAAGACAAAAGGAAAGACUUCCUCCCGCACAGGUGGUAUUUUGAUAGCCUUGCCUGGUCACAACAAAUAUGGGAUCUCUGGCGUGAGGGAUACCAUAGAGCGGUAUAUCGCUAUUUUACUGCGGGUGCAGUCCUAUGUCGAGCUUACUAUGAGCCGCUUGUCUGUGAGAAGAGGCCAGCGGGCUUUCUUUCUUCUCUGCUCUCGAUAUUAGAGGGGAAGCUGCCUCGCAGCGCUAACAGUAGAGACUCAUUUCCGGGGUGGUUCAAUGAGGAGGAGAAGAGGUAUAUAUCCAAGAUCCCGUUGUAUGAUAGCCAGAGAUAUGAAGAGUGGGAAGAAGCGUUCAAGCCGCUCGAAAUGAUCUUCUUGCAGGAGAGCAGGAAGCACUCGAUCCCUUUCUCAUCAGACCGAGAAAAGCGACCAGCACCACACUCGCCAGAGGCAGAGAAUUCAGAUCGUUCUCUGUGCCGCACAUUCGGCACCCAGUCCAAGAACCUGCACUCCCUCGACAAUACCCAUCAUCAAACACUCUUUGCCCACCUCCUCCACUUCCUCUACUUAGUCGACGGCGAUAUUCGCUACUUCAUCUCCUUGCCCGGCGACACGCCAGCCGAAAGCCUUGACGACCCAAUAGCCCACUCUGUUCCGGGUGUGUUUCUCUUCGGCUCAUUCACGCUCAUGGAUAUCAACAUCCGACGGAAAGCAGAGGGUUCAUGCGUGGCCUACGCAAAUACCGUCCUGCCGAAACUCACUAGCGAGAUUAUCCUCUCCACACCAAAUCCCCAUGCGAAAACGUACCUUGGUCUUCCGAACAUGCACAACUAUCUCAAGAAGAUCUGGGACAUUUCCGGGAUCCCAAACUGCUACGAUCAGAACCCUGUGCGCAAGACGCUUCCACUGGUGAGCUUCUUUGUGGAGUACAUGCUGCGGCGGUUCUUUGGGUUAAGGUUCUCGAGUAGGAUGUUUGAUGCAACCCUCGAGGUGAGGUGUGCGUGGUGUGCAUUUCAUCAGUUCGGGGGUGUCUUCACAGGGUCAACGCCCGGUCAGGAGAGAUACGUAGGCAGGGAUCUGUUAGAAAGUGUCGAAGACGAGCGGCCAGUUGUCGUGUUUGAUGAGUACGCGUGGUACUAUUAA